UUGGAUGGAGACAGAUGGAGAGAUGGAUCACACGGUCGCCAGCUCACCCUCCGAGUAAACUGGUGCCCAGAAUUCAUUUAUCUGAUUGAAAAUCUGUGAAUAAAGUUACGAUGCAGUUGCUGUGAAUGUUGAGUCUUACAAAGAGCGUAGUUUGGAUGCGAGCACAGGUCCCACUAAAGGGCGUCACGCCCUCACGCCACCAUCACAGGGUCUGUUUGGGAGAUCUCAGUCAGACGAGGAGCCGCUGGAGGUCGCCGUGCUCCUCCUGCGCCUCCUCACACUGAGGAGCAGAUGCCGGUCCGGUCCCGGCGUCUACUCCUCCUCCUGAUGCUGCUGGCAGACGCAGCAGCUGUGGAGGAGCUGCAUUAACUGUGCAGCAUGAACGAGGACACCGACAGAACACUCCCCUUCCUUGUUGCUGCCGCUGUGAUCACGCCUGUGCAGGUGAGACAGAAUUUGUCACCUUUCAGUGUGAGCUGUUCACAGGGCAGUCUGCUCUCGGGCGCUAGAUGUUUCAUCUGAUGACAUCAGGACUGCCUUAGCGUCCCACGGCAUGUUUGGGCGCGGUGAAGUGACCGUGGUCGGCGGCUGGUUGGAUGUGACUCAUUGCUGCGUCUGCAGUUUCCUGCACAUGGUCACGGUUCAGCUGCACAUGCGUGUCUGGCAUGUUUGUGGAAAGUUUUCUCACCUGUAAGAGUUUCACAUCAGGGCUCCAGACUCGGAGUGCUCUCCACCUUUAAGGUGCAGCUCCCCUUUCUGUGUGUUCGGCUCUCAGACCUCAGACCCAAAUGAAGAAAUAAGAUGAGUGAGGCUCUACAGGAGAAGUGAGUUUUCUCUGAGAACUACUAGUGUUUAUCUUUUUGGAGAAGGAACUGUUGGACUUGUUUUGUAUUUUUCUGAUUUAUUUUGAAGUCGGAGCUUUCCCUUAAGCUCGUCUUUGUUCUCCUUAAUAAGGCUGGUGUUAUCUGUGAGGGUGCUGGUGUUUGGUUUCCUCGUCAGCUGACGUAGAUUUGCUUCUGUAGCAGAGGAAGAGAGCUGCAGGUGUUGUGCGAGCUGGAUGUGGAGGGUCAUCGGCUGAAUUUCAGAGAGCGGUGGGAGCCUCACUUUACCCUGCGCUGGUGAAGCAGUGAGGCGAGGACGGGGCUGAGGGCGUCCGGCCAAAGAGAGACAGACGUCCUCUGUUCUCAGGAAUGCUCGCUCGCUCGCUGCUUCUCCGGCCUGAUUGGGGGGCUCGUGCUAGGGCCGACUGGUCACUGCUGUCUGAUUUGGUCCAUUUGCGUCCUCAGGCAGUGGGACGCUGCUGAAGUCCAGGUGACGGUGUCAUGGCUGCCUUCUUCACUGACUUACCCUCCUAAACAUCUCGCCAACAUAACCACCGUAGAAGCUGCCCGUCUGAGGAAUCGAAUCAAACGCACCCAGUACAAGACGUGCGUGCAUGCGAGGGAUGACGACAUCCCAUCUGAAUGGCCAUGUUGCUGGAGAGGGAGGAGGAGGAGCAGAUGAAGAGGCGAGGGCAGGACAGCAGCACCGGGAAAUGGCCGUGGACUGUCCGGGUGACCUGGGCAGCCGAACGCUGCCUCUGCGGCGCUCCGCUCAGCUGGAGAGGAUACGACAGCAUCAGGAGGACCUUCGGCGUCGUAGAGAAGAGGAGGGUCGGCAGCUGGAUCUGAACGCCUCACUCAGACUCAGGAACCUCUCCCAGAAUCCCUACAGCGGGAUCGACAACCCCACAUUCCUGCAAGACACACCGCAGCUGCCAGCGCUCAGCAGCCAGCACACACACGCGCUGCUGGAGUUGGAGGAGCUGCUGCUGUCGCUGAAGCAGGUCCGGGGCAGCCUGUCGGACCAGCAGAGUCAGAAUGACGUCGAGUUGGUCCUCGCUCUGCUCAACAAGUCGGACUUCCAGUCGGCACUGAGGAUCCACAAUGCCGUGGCCAGCAGCAUGCACCGACCGUCUCCACCGUACCCCCACACGCAGCAGGCGCUUCCACUCGCCAUGGAGGUCAGGAACCUCCUACAGGCGUGUCACAAUAAAGAAGGCCUGGAGCUGCACAGCCUGCUGUCAGACACACAUCUGCAGUCGUUGCUUCUGACCCAUGACAGCAUAGCAGAGAUGGAGAUGCAGCCGGAGCCGCUGCCCGCCGAGGGCGAGAUGCUGACGCAGUGGGGAGGAGAGACCGUGAAGAUUGUUCGCAUCGAGAAGGCCCGAGACAUCCCUCUGGGGGCGACGGUGAGGAAUGAAAUGGACAGCGUGGUGAUCAGUCGGAUCGUUCGCGGCGGCGCGGCUGAACGAAGCGGGCUUCUGUCUGAGGGAGACGAAAUCCUGGAGAUUAACGGCAUCGAGAUCCGAGGCAAAGACGUCAACCAGGUGUUUGACAUCCUGGCCGACAUGCACGGCCUCCUGACCUUCGUGCUGAUUCCCAGCAAUCAGAGCAGACCUCCUCCCGUCAAAGAGAGUGUGGUCCACGUGAAGGCUCAUUUCGACUACGACCCCUCGGACGACCCCUACGUGCCGUGCAGAGAGCUCGGCUUGUCCUUCCAGAAGGGAGAUAUCCUGCACAUCAUCAGCCAGUCCGACCCCAACUGGUGGCAGGCGUACCGGGACGGAGACGAGGAUAACCAGCCGCUCGCCGGCCUGGUGCCAGGGAAGAGUUUCCAGCAGCAGAGAGAAGCCAUGAAGCAAACCAUAGAAGAAGACGAGCCCGAGAAGUCCGGGAAGCUCUGGUGUGGGAAGAAGAACAAGAGGAAGAGGAAGAAGCUGCUGUACAACCCUCACAGGAACGACGAUCUCGAUAGUGAAGAAAUUCUCACCUAUGAGGAGAUGGCGCUGUACCACCAGCCAGCCAAUAGGAAGCGGCCGAUUGCUCUGAUUGGUCCAAGCGGCUGUGGGCAGGAACAGCUGAGGCAGCGGCUGCUCAGCAGUGAACCAGAGCGCUUCGCUGGAGCUGUACCUCACACGACGCGGAGCCGUCGCGAGGGCGAGCAGAGCGGUCGGGACUAUCACUUUGUUUCUCGGCAGACCUUCGAGGCUGAGCUGGCGGCUGGGAAGCUGAUCGAAUCCGGAGAGUUCGAGAAGAAUCUGUACGGGACGAGUACGGACUCAGUGAGACAGGUGAUCAACACCGGGAAAAUCUGCGUGCUGUGUCUGCACACACAGGCUCUGAAGGUGCUGAGGAGUUCAGACUUGAAGCCUUACAUCAUCUUCAUAGCUCCGCCCUCCCAGGAACGACUUCGAGCCUUAUUGGCUAAAGAAAACAAAAACCCCAAGCCUGAGGAGCUGCGUGACAUCAUCGAGAAGGCGCGUGAGAUGGAGCAGGGCUGCGGUCACCUGUUCGACUCCAUCAUCGUGAACACGGAUCAGGACAAAGCUUUCACCGAGCUGCUGAGACUCAUCAACAAGCUGGACACGGAGCCGCAGUGGGUGCCCUGCUCCUGGCUGCGCUGAACGCACACACACAUGGCUGCAGCUCGGGGUCGGCGUCAGGACAGAAAUCAUCUGAGAUUUUGAAUCAAACUGGAUCAUAACUGUUGGUGUUUGUUGUUGAGGGUAGAACGAGUCCAGCUGAGCGACAAUAAAAACAAUAAAAUCAUAAACAACUAACAAGACGGAGUAACGUCACACAUCACAACCAGCUCAAAUUAUUUCUGUUAUCUUGGUGGGAACAUGAACAAUCUGGUCUCUGACCAAUAAAAAUGCGUCUCAGCGUCAGCAUUAAGCUCCUUCUCCCCGCAGUGCCUCAGUGUCCCAGCAGGGGGCGGGCCUCACAGCCUGUAGUGUCGCUGCCGCUCGAUUGGUUCACAUUUCAGCGUGUUUCUGUCCUCGUUUGUGGUCACGUGCAGACGGAGUUGUUCACUCACAUUUUUAGAGACGCAGCGGUCUGUGCCCCGCCCCACUGAGGCAUUCUGGGAUACCUGAGGGCGAGCAGGCUCGGAGCAGCGAGUUUAUAAUCCUUUUUUUUUUUUUUUUUUUUUCUUUUCACGACACAAACGGAAACUUUUGACCUUUGACCUUCUGCUCACUUUGUUCUCAUUUUAAACGUUUUGCUGGAAUAUUGUGUAAAUCGACACUGAUGUCGCUGCAUUUAAAACUUUAUUUUAGAAAGAUUCUGAGCGUCUUUCCAGCUUUAUUCUGAAAGUCUCAGAUGUUUGUUUCCUGUCGCUGACUCUGAAUCAGUUUAUGAACACACUCUGACGUCAGACUUUUUUCGGGAUGUCGUGUUUUUCUUGGAGUCGUGUUCGUGUUGGACCUCGCCGCUGUCGGCGCCGCCUCGUCGUUAUUUCGUUUUUUGUUUGUUUUUAAUGUUUGUUUUUAUUUGUUGUAUAAACACACCCACCUGUCCAGGUGAGGCUCCUCAGGAGGAAAUGUGAAGCUCAAACACUUUGGCUGCUGACUCCGCCCCCUUGGCCGGGCUGAGAGCGCAGACUUCCUGUCUGACUGACUUUUACUGCACUUGUGAUUGUUUUUGUAUCAGCUGAUUCUGUUUGACCUUUGACCCGGCGGCCUGCAGGUGUGUGUGUGACUCUGAGCUGAACUAGAGACUCUGUAUCAUCACUGUAGAGCUUUUAUAUAUUUGUAAUAUUCAAAAUAGAUUUAUGAAGACCAGAAUGCACCAAUAGGAGUGCAGCUUUCUCGCCCUCAUCCCCUGCUAUUGGUCCAGGAGGAAGAACAAGAGGAGGGGGCGGGGCUAGCUGUACUGAAUGUAAUUGAUUCCACUUCCUGUUUCUCACUUCCUCCUGAGAGAAAACUUUUUAUAUGAAUAUUCACCACGAAGACACGAAUAAUGAAUAAAAUAGAUCAUC